CUGCAAUAUGUUUGAUCCUGUUGCCAUCAUUUUCAGUCCACUAUUGUAUUGUUCGAAUGUUGAAUAUAUCUCAAAUGCUAAAAUUGUCACGUACAGUUUCAGUUUCUUAAAACGUCGUUUCUGUUCAUUGAAAUGAGAUAUAAAAGAUUGAAGUAUAAAAAAUUCAAGAAUCGUAGUAGGUUUGAUUUGAAUGAAUUGUGUUAAAAUUAGUUACAAUUUUUAAAUAAUAACAUUGAAUCAUGAACAAUCUUUCCAAUAGUUCACUAGCAUCCACAUUAACGUCAUGGUCAGUAACUAUACAAUAUACAUUAGAAGUAUGAUCUUUUACACGAUGGCUUAGCUGUAAUUCUAUAGUAUACCUGGAUACCAAGACAUAUCGGUUGCAAUUUGAGAUACAUUCACAUUGAGUAAUUGCGUAGGCUGUCCCUCUGUCUUUUGCUUCUCAGUCGCUGAUAUACAUUUACAUAUCGAUGUUGUAACACAUUUAAUGGUACACGCUUCGAAAUUUCGGACAUUCUUUUAUAUGCUUGAUUAUUUUUCAUUCCUCUAAUGUAACUUGCUUGCUUAUCAAUUUCGUGCCAUGCUUGUCGAAUAAUAAAAAUCUCCUGUAGAAAGAUCAUACUGCAAUCUGUUACUCGAGUUUUGCGAUAUCAAAUUUGCUCUAACUAUACGUAUGUGUUGCAAUGUCAGCUUGUAAACCUUCUACAAUACGCUUGCCUUUGGUCGGCAGACACCCGACACCAAGUUUUUGGCGAAAAAAUGUUUCAAGUUAACUAUCUGGACAGGAUUACAAGAACUUGCGUAUAAAUAGAAUGACAGAUUUACCAGAUGCACUCAAUUCGUUUGUUGCUUCCGAAGGGUGAAGAAAGCAGCUCCUAUCUAUCAUCAUCAUGUUUAGAUUCUUGGUGAUUUGCGGUUGCUUGCUGGCGGUUGGACAAGCUGGCGUGAUCAGCGGUAGUUUGCUCGCAGCCGCGCCGGCAGCGGUCGCUGUACAGCCAGCAGCGGCUCUUUCUUUGCCCGCAGCCACUCUCGCACUACCAACCAUCACAACAUCCACCUCCAACAUAAUACGGGGUAUCGGUAACUUAGGUGCCAUAUCGGCCUACACGAAGAGUGUAGAUACGCCGUUCAGUAGCGUCAGGAAAGCGGACGUGCGCGUUAACAAUCCUGGAAUCGUGACGGCGACCGCUGUGCCCGCCUCGGUAGUUGCGGUCGCAAAUACCGCUCUUGCAGCUCCAGUGACUACAGCUGCUGUUGCUGCUCCCGCACUUCUCGCACCUGGACUGACCACUGCCCUCGCAGCUGCACCCGCUAUCACUGCUGGCUUAGCGGCCGCACCUUUAGGACUCCACGGCUUAGCCUUGAACGGGCUAGGAGCCGUCAAGGUCCUCUAAGAUCCGCGCUCAAAUUACUACAGAGCGACGGAGAACUCGAUGGCGAAUCGUUGUUACUACCUAAACGAUCUACUUUGUCACAGAAUGUAAUAAUCGAAUAUUCAAUAAACGUACAAUCGUUACUCUA